UAUAUUCUUCUCUCUUCACAAACUCACACCUCUUCCAAAACAAAAACAUAGAGUGAAUUAUAUCUAUAUAUAUACCAAGAAAGUAUACAUCUUUGAGGAAAAAGAAUGGAGGGAAAGGAAGAAGAUGUGAAGCUAGGAGCAAACAAGUUUCCAGAAAGGCAGCCAAUUGGGACAUCAGCUCAAGACAGGGACUACAAGGAGCCACCACCAGCACCUUUGUUUGAGCCAGGGGAGCUAUCCUCAUGGUCUUUUUACAGAGCUGGGAUUGCUGAGUUCAUUGCAACUUUCUUGUUUCUGUAUAUAUCUGUAUUGACUGUUAUGGGUGUGGUCAGAUCUCCAACUAAAUGUGGGACUGUUGGUAUUCAAGGGAUUGCUUGGGCUUUUGGUGGUAUGAUCUUUGCUCUUGUCUACUGUACUGCUGGUAUCUCAGGAGGGCAUAUUAACCCAGCCGUGACAUUCGGUUUGCUAUUGGCAAGGAAGCUGUCUUUGACCAGGGCAUUAUUUUACAUGGUGAUGCAAUGCCUUGGAGCCAUCUGUGGUGCUGGUGUGGUCAAGGGAUUCCAGGGUGAUGCCAGAUUCACCACACAGGGUGGUGGAGCCAAUGUUGUAGCCCAUGGUUACACCAAGGGAUCAGGUCUUGGUGCUGAAAUUGUUGGCACUUUUGUUCUUGUUUACACUGUCUUUUCCGCUACUGAUGCCAAAAGAAGUGCCAGAGACUCUCAUGUUCCUCUUUUGGCUCCUCUUCCAAUUGGGUUUGCGGUUUUCUUGGUUCAUUUGGCUACCAUCCCCAUCACCGGAACUGGGAUCAACCCUGCAAGAAGUCUUGGAGCUGCGAUUAUCUACAACAAGGAUCACGCUUGGGAUGACCACUGGAUCUUCUGGGUUGGUCCCUUCAUUGGAGCUGCACUCGCUGCCGUGUACCAUGUGAUCGUCAUCAGAGCCAUUCCCUUCAAGAGCAGAUCUUAGUUUCUUUUAUUUCUUCAAGUACGGAUUGUUGUUCUGUGUUCAAUGUGGAGUUUUUUGUUUUUCUGUUCGUUCGCUGUUAAUGAUUGUGUGUAAAUUAUUUACCCAAUAGGGGGGGUUUCAUUACUUUCUUCUUUGUUGUUAAAAACUUUAUAAGACCAUGCAAGGAAGAAUAUGUUUUUGAGA